AUUAGAGUAUCUUCAGUCGGAUUAAUUUGUACGGCUCAUCUGCCUGAUCAUCCUUUCCUUUACCUACUAAAACUACUAAGUAGUCCACUAACACUACUUUUUUCAGAUUAAAAUCCCAAAAAUUUCCCAAAAAAAAUAAAAAUGAAACAAGUACAUUUUGUUUUAUUCUCUCUAUUAUGUUUGAAUACACUAUUACUUGAAUCAAAAACACACGAAAAAGAUAUAGAAAUCCUGAAGAAUCUGAAACACUCAAUUGACCCAAAAUCAAUAACACCAGGAUCAUGUCUAAGUUCCUGGGAUUUUUCUGUUGAUCCAUGUGACCACAUUUUCAGUUCAAAUUUCACAUGUGGAAUCAGGUGUGAUUUUACUCUUGCAGGACUAAGUAGAGUCACUGAAAUUACUCUUGACUCUGCCGGUUACUCUGCCCAGCUCACUAACAUAACAUGGCUGCUCCCUUAUCUCCGCACUCUUGAUCUCGCCGAAAACUCCUUUUCCGGCGCGCUUCCUCAAUCGUUUUCUAACCUUAUUAGCCUGCGUCGACUCAGUCUCUCACAUAAUCUGUUUUCCUUUUCAAUACCCACUUCUUUUGGGUCCUUACCUUACCUUGAAGAGCUUUAUUUAGAUGAUAAUCAAUUCACUGGGUCAAUCCCACCGAGUUUGAACAAGUUGAGUCACUUAAAAAGGGUUGAAAUCCAAUUGAAUCGACUUUCUGGUGAACUUCCCUUUCUGGGUUCUCUUCAUAAUUUGUAUUACUUUGAUGUAAGUCAUAACAAUAUAUCUUCAAUUGGUAGUACUAACCCAUUUUCACUCCCUAGAUCACUGUUUUCUUUCUCAAUGAGGAAUAACAGCUUAAAAGGAGAAAUACCCAGAAAUUUUUUGCAUAUGGAAUUUCUUCAAGUAUUAGAUCUUAGCUAUAAUGAGCUAGUUGGGUCAAUUACAGGUCAAUUUUUUGAGCACCCUUCAUUAGAGCAGAUUAGUCUAUCACAUAACCAACUUUCGGGGGUCGAAUCGCCGAGUGGGAGAGGGAUCAAGGGAAGGAAAUUAGUGGCUAUUGAUCUCAGUUAUAAUGAGAUUAAUGGGUUGUUGCCUAGAUUUUUUGGUGAGUUGCCAAAACUAUCUGCAUUGUCACUGGAACAUAACAGGUUUACAGGAAUGAUACCAUCUGGGUAUGCUGUAAAACUAGCAACGACGUCGUUUCAAAGGCUUUUGCUUGGUGGGAACUACUUGUUCGGACCAAUACCGGAUCAAUUAAAAGAGCUUAAACCCGGUUCGGUUAAUGUGAGUUUGGUGGAUAAUUGUUUGUAUACUUGUCCUAAAACAUUCUUCUUUUGCCAUGGUGGGGAGCAGAAAUCACUGAUUCAGUGCAAGAACAGCUUAAGGCCUAGGCCUCCUAUGAUUCCGUUACAUAAUCUUAUUGUAGAAACAAAAUUAUCAUAUCUCAAUACCAAGCUGAUAAUACCAUUGAUUACGGCUACUACACUCUCAAAUACAUGGACAAUAUCUUACAAUCCGGGAAGGAGGUUGGACUCAAAAACAUUGACGCCGUUUUAUACGAUAUUCCAAGGGAAACACGCUCUUUGAGAAAUGGAGAAAUGUGCCAAUUGAAAGACAAGAUUGCCGCGUAUCUUGCUAAUUU